AAAGGAAGAACCACAACUCUUUUUGACUCAUGUUGUGCUACAGUUUCUACAACCAAAAAAGGUAGUCAUCACUGAAUCAAAAAUUGUAAUUCUCUCUGGUUUGCAGCUUACUUCUAUCAGUACGAACAAAGGAGCGGAAAAAGGGUAAAGGUAAUUGAUUCUAUUUAAUCAUACAUUCCUAUCUUUGGCCAAAAGGAAAAUCAUGCAUUCCUAUCAAAAUCAAAUUUUCUUCAUUCUCUGCAAGGCCGCAGCUGGUUUUGGCAAUCUCAUCUACGGCCAUCUAAAAUGGUUUUCUUUGUCUGGACACCCACAAAGGAAAGAGAAAGGGAAGAGAAAAUUCAGUUUCCUUCUUUCUCAUUCUCUCUCUUGAAAAAGAUACAAGAGGAGAUAAUGGAGUAGUAGCUUUGCAUUGUCAAAGGUCAGCAGUUCACACAAGAGUCCAAUUUUUGAAUUGUGGAGCAAAUUACCAUUGAAUUCUUCACAUACUCCACUGGUAUUUCCUGAUUUUUAUUGGAGGUGAUCUCUAGUAAAGCUUCCUGGCCUUUUGUGGGUCUGUUUCUCUUCUUGCAUACUGCUUUUGCCUGACACAUCUGCUUCUUCACAGAUUGUCUUCCAUCAAAUCAGUGUACUUACUAUAGAAAUAGAUCCAAUUUCCAAAAUCUAUUCUGGGAAAUUCAUGAUUUUGAAGAUGGGUUUUUUUGCAUCCUGAUUUUCCAGUUUGGUGGUUCGCUUCUCUCUCUGUGGUUCGUACCCUGGGUAGGAAGUUCAGACAAAGCCAGAUGACUGUUAAUGAGGAAAGCAGUAGCUCCAUCUGGAGUAGGGAGCAGGAUAAGGCAUUUGAGACUGCUCUUGCAAAUUAUCCUGAGGACUCUUCAGAUCGCUGGGAGAAAAUUGCAGCUGAUGUUCCUGGAAAAACUCCAGAAGAGAUUAAACAACACUAUGAGCUUCUAGUAGAAGAUGUUAACCAAAUUGAAUCUGGUUGUGUUCCUCUCCCUUCUUAUAAUUCUUCUGAGGGUUCUACCAGCCAUGCUGGUGAUGAAGGAAAUGGUAAGAAAGGGGGGCAUUUUGGGCAUUAUAAUAGUGAGUCCAAUCAUGGGAGCAAGGGUUCAAGAUCAGAUCAGGAACGCCGUAAGGGUAUUGCUUGGACAGAGGAUGAACACAGGUUGUUUCUUCUUGGUUUGGAAAAAUAUGGAAAAGGUGACUGGCGAAGUAUAUCCCGAAACUUUGUGGUGACAAGAACACCAACCCAAGUAGCAAGCCAUGCACAAAAAUAUUUCAUCCGUUUGAACUCAAUGAAUAAGGAUAGGAGGCGAUCCAGCAUCCAUGAUAUAACCAGUGUUGGCAAUGGAGAUAUUUCAGCACCCCAAGGACCGAUCACAGGUCAAUCAAAUGGUUCUGCUGCUGGAGGUUCAUCUGGUAAGUCAACCAAACAGGCCCCCCAACACCCAGCUGCCCCCCCGGGUGUUGGCAUAUAUGGUACUCCAACUAUAGGACAACCAAUAGGACCCCUUGUCUCAGCAGUCGGCACUCCCGUGAAUCUUCCUGCACCACCACACAUGGCAUAUGGUGUUAGAGCUCCUGUACCAGGAGCUGUGGUUCCUGCUGCAGCAAUGAACAUGGGUCCUAUGGCAUACCCAAUGCCACAUCCUUCUGCUCAUAGGUAAUAGGUUGUUUAGCUGCAAAAAUAUACAAGGACAGAAGACAAUCUGCUUGUGUGGAUAUAGUGGCAUUGGUUUUCCUUUUCCAUCUUACCCUGAAUAAGGAUUUGCAUAUUUGCAAGCACAAAUUGUCCGAUGCAAGUCUGUCAUUUGUCAAAUAAGCCAUAGGCCAUAGUGAGAGGAGUUACAACUUACAUGGAUCUGUAUAGCUAACUAUGGAAGAUAUUAUGUGUGGCAUAUUUAUGAGGUUAGGACAAUUUUUUUAUCAAUUGGGUCUCAUCAUUGCAAGUAUUAGCAUUAGACUUAGAGAUAGUCAGUGCUUAGAAAUUUCAUGGUUAAAGUUGUUUGUAUGUAAACCCCUUAUGUGUUGUUCUGUUAUGAAUAGCAUAUUUUAGCAAACGCUCUUUAUUUCUUAUCUUGUUUAAGAUCAACAGGUGGCCUUUUGUGUGUGUGUGUGUGUGUGUCUGUGUAGCAUUGUUCCAGUC